UGCCGAUGAUCCAGAAAAUGAAUUAAUUAAUUCUUUUAAUUCAACAUUGUGUUACAAUAAAGAAGCUUUGUUCUAUCAUAUGGUCAACGAUAAUAAUAAUUUACCAAUUAAGUGGGGCGCUAGACAUUAUAAAUUUGAAAAAGAUGAAACUUUAUUAAUUUUGGAUGAUAUCAGUGUUGAUGGUUUUAUGUUAGGGAAAAUCGAAAAAUUGGAUUUAGAACACUGUAAAGUAGGAUUAAAAGCAUUAGCACGUCUCCACACAUUUAGUAUACAAUUGGAAAACGAAAAAUGCAAAGAAAAUCCAAAUUAUAUUAAUCAUUACAAUGCAUACCCAUCGGCCUUUGAUGAAUUUUUAUUUUCGUAUAAAAAUAAAUUCGCCGAGAGCUAUAUGAAUGCUGCCAUGCGUUGUAUCAAAUUAAGUUUUGAUUAUCUUCCACAUUUAUCACCAAAUGAACGUACAGAGUUAAAAGAUAAUCUUCAAGACACGCUCAAUGAAUUGGUUGAAGCUAUGGAACAUCCAUCAAAAAAAUUUAAAAAUGUUUUUUGUCAUGGUGAUAUCUGGCAUAAAAAUAUAAUGUUUAAAUACUCUGGCGAAACACCAAUCGAAUGUAAUUUAAUAGAUUUUCAAGCAUUACGUUUUUUACCGGUGGUUCAUGAUGUCCUAUUUUUAAUUUAUAUUAAUACAACUCACGAAUUUCGUCAAGAAAAUUUAUAUAAAUUGUUAGAAUAUUAUUACGCGGAAUUUUCUAAUGAAUUAAAAACUUUUGGAUUAAAUCCAUAUGAAAUAUUUUCAUUUCAUGAUUUCCUGGAAAGUUAUACAGAAUACCUUCCAAGUAUAAAGAUCAUUCAUAUUUAUUAUAAACAAUUACAUGAUUUGGGUGACGAAUAUCUUUCCGCGGAAUUUAAAAUAAAAUCAGAUGCAUUAGAAUUAACGAUCGGUAAUCGUGAAAAAUAUUUAUUACCAGCACUUGAAACAAAUUAUAACAAUUUUGUGGAUAAAAUGAUUCCAUUAUAUGAUGUAUAUAUUGAAUCUAUACGAAAUCCACACAUAGUUCGAGAAGAAUGUUUUGAAAUAAUUCGAAGAAAAAUUCAUUCUGAUGAUUAUGUUUUUAAGAAUUUACAAGUUCUACCAAAUCAUUCCAAAAACUUAUUAAAAAUUACAAUUUCAUUGAAUGAAACGAUUACUGACUUGAAAUUCUUUUUAAAAUACUUAAAUGAUGACUUUAAUAGAAAAGAAGCUUUUAUUUAUCAAAUAUUAUCAUUAAAUAAUUUAUUAAGCAACACUGAAGUCAUGAGCUUAAUAAAACAAGUAAUGCCUGAUUGCUAUUACAGUGUUAACGCAAGGUCGAUUGUACUCGAAAAUUUGGAAGUAAAAGGAUUUAAAAAUGUAAGAACAUUAGAUUACAAGUCAGUGGAUACUGUUAUUAAAACUUUAGCAAAAUUCCACGCAGCUUAUUUAUUUUUAGAACAGAAGGGUCAAACCGAAAAAGUUCAUAAAUUUUAUGAUUUUUCUGAUAUAACUUCAGAAUUAAAUAAAGAAACAAUUUAUACUAAAUCCAAAAUAGUUUCAGCAGCUUACGAUGGACUUUUAUCUGCUGUUAAUGAAUUACAUCCAAGUAUGCUGAGUGAAAUAUCAAAACUUCGAGAUAGUGAAGAAAAUUUUGUAAAUUUAUUACAACCAUCAGAAACGUAUAAAAAUGUUUUAUGCCACGGAAAUUUAACUUUAGAAAAUAUUAUGUUCAAAGGUGAAGAUCGAAGUGAAUGUCGACUUGUUGAUUUCAAACAAAGUCGAUUAAUGCCACCUUCUUAUGAUAUUUUAACAUUCUUAUACAUGACAACGACACAAAAUUUCCGUGAUCAAUAUUUUAAUCAAAUUAUUCAAUCAUAUUACAAUUAUUUAACUCAGGAAGUACAACGAGCAAAACUCAACGUAACUGAUUUUCUUACAUUUAAUGAUUUUAAAAAUAGUUUUAAUGAAAUUAAAGUAGUUUCAUUACUUCAAGCUACAAUUUUAUCACAUUCUAAAAAUGAUAAAAACAAAAAUGUUCGAGAAAAACUUCAAUUUAAAAAUCCAAAAGAGAAUGUUUCACUGUUAAUGGAUCAUUAUAGAAACACAGUUUGAUUGAUGAUAAUUAACCAAAUAUGAAGAAUACCUAGCUACCUUGUUUUUCAUCGGAAACAAACUAUAACUUGAAGCUGCGUUAUGUGAAUUAUAAUAUUGGAUAUAUUUGCCAUUUCUUAUCUUGAAUUAUUUUAUUGAUUAUAGAAGAAGGUGGUCUAUCAGCCAGUUUCUUGUUAGUGAAUAUUAUUUCCAGAUAUGGGAGAAACUGGUGUACGUAUGAAUAUGUAAUUAAUUUUAUUAUUAACCAUAAGUAUUAACUAAAAUGGCUGUGUUUCAAUAAUUUUGUAUAAAUAAAGGUGUUAUAAUAUUUAUAUCAA